CAGCUUGAUUGUUUCAUUUUCAAUUGACUAACCUUCGUGUCUAUUGAUUAAAUUACACACAUAAGUUGUUACAAUUAAGUUAAUCAUGAAUGUUAAUUUGAAAGGUAAAAAUGUUUUGGUAACUGGUGCAAGUCGUGGUAUUGGCCUGCGUUUAGUUGAAAGGUUUGUCGAGGCCGAAGCGGCAAAAGUUUAUGCCGUUUGUAUUGAUGGUGAAGCAUUGGAAAAGCUCAAGGAAUCGUUACCUUCCGUUGAGACGCUAAUUGUUGACCUUAGUAAAUGGGAAGAGACUCGAGAGAGAUUAUCAUCACUGGACAUUGUCCAUUGUUUGGUUAAUUGUGCUGGUGUUGUUGAAUACACCGAAACGGGUCAGAUCACCGAGGCUCAAUGGGAUUUUCACUUUGAUGUCAAUACGAAAGCGAUUCUCAAUGUAAGUCAAAUCAUUUGUAAUAAGUUAAUCGCCGCGGGUGAGAAAGGAUCAGUGGUCAAUAUCUCAUCGAUUGCCUCGCACCGAUUUACUCCCAAUCAUUUGGUUUACUCGGCUUCCAAAGCAGCGGUGGAUAAUAUAACCUGUACUAUGGCCGUUGAUUAUGGUCGAAAAGGUAUUCGAGUUAAUUCAAUUAAUCCGACCGUUGUAUCUACACCAAUGGGCGCUAAAAUGUGGUCCGAUCCAGCUAAAAGUGGACCUUUACUUGAACGGACACCAACGGGUCGUUUUAAUACAACCGAUGAUAUCGCCGAUUUGAUACUUUUCCUGUUGAGUGAACGAGCAGCGAUGCUUAAUGGUGUCGUCCUACCGAUAGACGGUGGUUAUAGUAGAUGUUAAAUUGUUCACAAUUAGCGGUAAUUGUUCAACCUUAACAUAAGUAAAACAAAUGGCAAAAAUAAACAUAAAUCUGUUUUCAUUUAAA